AUCAAUCGCUAUUCAAAAUGAGCUCCGCCUACUCAGCGCUUCAGGUAAAGAAGUACCUAUCGUACCUCUCCCUCCCAUCGAAGUACCAUGCCUCCGUAGUAACGCCUCAUCUCUUCCCAAAAGAUGAAGCAGCGCUCACCGUCCUCUUCCGAUGUCAAAUCACACGAUUUCCCUUUGAGAAUUUAUCCGUCCAUUAUUCCACUACACAUCAGCCAGACAUCCACCCGGACACUCUCUAUUCCAAGAUGAUGGGAACUGGGAAAAUCGGUCCUACUGGCCGUGGAGGCUAUUGUCUGGAGGUAAACAUCUUUUUUCACCACAUGUUGCGUGGCCUGGGGUUCGAUGUGUACACGAUAGGAGCAAGAAAUCGCGACCGGGUAAAUGGGGUACCGCAGGGUGAUUAUGGAGGAUGGGUCCACAUGGCCAAUAUCGUACAACUCCCCUCUGGAGUCAGAUAUCAUCUCGAUGUUGGAUUUGGUGGGGAUGGACCAACUAGUCCGAUUCCCCUGAUUUCUGGAGCAGCAAUCCAGAACCUCGGGACCCAAGAGGUGCGCUUGCUGUACGACAAUAUCUCCAGGGAAUCACAGCGACAGCAGAAGCAUUGGAUUUACCAGUACCGCAACGGUGUUGACAAGGAAUGGAACUCAUUCUACUGUUAUCCCGAUCUGGAGUUUUUCCAGGAGGACUUUGAGGUGAUCAAUCGAUUUGCAGCCUGGGAAUUUCUCAAGAGGGAUUCCAUUGUUGCAGUGAAGUUUAUUAGAGGAGGUGAAGAAAGGGAGAUUCCCCAGAAUCAAGACCCCCUUGCUGGAACCCCGACCGAAGCGGACGAAGUGGAUAUCGCAGGGAAGAUCAUGCUAGUCAACAACGAAGUGAAAGUAAAUAUGGGAGGGAGGACCAGAGUGAUAGAAUCGCUGGAUACUGAAGUUGCUCGAAUGAAGGCUCUUCGGAAAUGGUUUUCGAUUUGCCUUGAUUUGAGUUAAAAAGCCCUUUGGGUGUGUAUUUAUGACUGCAAUGCGAUUUGCUUGGUAAAGGAAGAUAAUUACCCUAUUAUGCUAGAUUACAAAGGUGCUGAGCGUCAGAUGCCAAUGCUUCGAGUCUAU